UCUAGGCAUAACACGUGGCUACCAUUUCUUAAACUUUAAUGGGAUACCAGUCAGGUACUGAGAAACCUUGCCCAGAUGGGGUGCAGUUGCUGUAAAAUACUGAACAGUUAUAUGUUCAAGCCCCAAGAACCGCACACGAAUGGCUAUGUGAAUGAAGCCCACAAUUAUGAACACGACCGCUCCAAGUCACCCACCAUAAAAAUCAGUGAGCUGAUGAAAGAAGGGCACAACGUAAUUGACAGGUUCACUGGCUCGCAGGAUCUGUAUAGUGUGUCAGAAAAGAUCAAUGGCAAGAAUGAUGAAGUUGAUUCUGGCGACCCGGUAACGGUUUCCUCAUAUGCAGUUUUAAAUAUUAACUUUUCUGGAGAAAUCAAAGAACAAGAUGCACAUUAUUCACAGUCCGAUGAUAACUGGCCGACCAAAACUUCUACACAAAGCUUACAGCAAAAUGUUGACCUGAGCCACAAUUCAGAUGAACCAGAAUGUAUUCAGCAUGAGCUGUGUGGGUCAGUUCAGGAAAACAACUCCUUUACAGAAAGUGUAACACUCGAGGCAGAAAGGAGCGGGCUUACAUUAGAUAGUUCAAAUUCCAUAAGUAACUCUUCAGAUGUGAAUGAGCUUCCUGAAAGUGAAGGCUUUGAACAUGAUGCUGGUGCAUAUUCUUCUGAUAAUGAUAGACAUGACUCUAAUCCAUCUACAGUGGAUACAGAUUCAACCAUGAGGUCAAAAGAACCUUCUCUGAUUUCCCUCAUGAUAGAGAGAAGUUCAGCUAGGGGUUCAAAAAAAGAUGCAAUCAUUACAAAUGGCAUUGACACAGAAGAUGACUUGGAUCCAGAUAUUGCUGAGGCACUUGCAGCUUUGGCAGAUGCAAUAGCUGGUGAAGACUUUGAAGACUGUUAAAUUGCAAAUUGAGCAUUCUCUUAUUGUAUGGGUAUGCACUUUCUAGAGAAAGCAGGCAUC